UUCGUGUGUGUGCGUUGCAUCUUUCGCAUCUCUCUCGUUUCGUUCCCCGCAUUGUUGUGUUCUGAACCGUCGUGAUCGCGUUUUUCUCCAUAUUACAUCGUAAUACACUACAUUUUCCUUUUGUUGACGCGCUGGAAAGAAAAUCCAAAAUUGUUCGAGUUUUUCGGUCGCAUUUUCUUCCGGAUUAGUGCGAAUUUGUGUGGCAGCUGUCGGAAUUAGGUUGAACUGGCAGUAGGCUAACCCCUUAGGAGCCGUAGCGAAGGAGACGAGACGAAAAGCAAACAGCCUGUGGAUGCGCUUAUACGAGGAUUCCCAGCGGCAGCAGCAGGCAAGGAAGAUCAGCACCGGAGAUUCCUACGAAAACAUGAGCGACGAUGACCGGGAUAUUGAUAUCGACAGCGAUGAUGGCGAAGAUUCCGAUAACACCAAACAGUCCCGGAAUGCGGCUGGAGGCCAAAUUUAUUCGCAGGCCGAAAAACGUGCUCAUCAUAACGCACUUGAGCGGAAAAGACGCGAUCAUAUAAAGGAUAGCUUUACGUCUCUUCGUGACUCGGUUCCAUCGUUGCAAGGCGAAAAGGCUAGCCGUGCACAAAUACUGAAAAAAGCCGCAGAAUACAUUCAGUUUAUGAGACGUAAGAAUAACUCUCAUCAGCAGGACAUUGAUGAUCUGAAAAGACAAAAUACCUUGCUGGAAACUCAAAUCCGCCAGCUAGAACAGGCACGUGCCACCGGGAACUUCGGUGAUGGCAGCGAUCUCGGGCUAGGCAUGAACGAUAGCUCACGUGAAUCGGACAGUUCGGACGUUGACGACGGUGCCAGCAACAAUGGUCUAGGCGGAAUUCAUCGGAACAAAAAAAUGAAGACCAACUCGAACUACUGAACCAACUCCAAGGUUCAUUGCUGGCACGGCUCUACCUUAGAUUUAGUUAUUCUACAGAGGAAGUGAAGAAGAAUAUGGUGAGAUAAAAGGGAUGGAACAGUUGUCACAGGGAAAGGUAAGACCAGUUUUUUUACUGAACACGAUGAUAACAACACAUACUUUUGAUACAUCCUGAAAAUUUAUCUUCCUGUAUUAUUGCAUAUACUUUUAUGUUAAUCUGUAAAUGGAAAAUUAGUGAUACGAAUUGAUUUGAAAACUAUAGUGUACAAAAAAGUUUCAAUUUUAUUUUUGUGUUCCCAUUUUUUUACAAUUUUGUUUAAAAUUCGUUCAAGCAAAAGUAAACGAAUAUAAAAAUGCAAAUCAGGAUGAGAACAAACAGAAUAUAUCAUAACUGAAAAAGGACAGUUAGUGGAUUUGAAACUUUAGCUUUAUGUGUUUUAUAAAUAAUUUUGAUUAAUCUUA